AUGAAAGAGAGAUACAAAAAAACCAACGUUGUUCUUGGAGAGGGAUCGUACAAAACGGUCUCAAAGGCGGUUGACAACGAGGAGGGAAAGGAGGUGGCAUACAACGAGGUGCUGAUCAAGAAGUACGAGGCAGAGGUCCACUCGCACACGUCGUUCUCGAAGGAGAUCGCCCUCCUCAAGAACAUCGACCACCCAAACAUCAUCAAAAUCCUCGAUUACUGGUUUGAUGAGGACAACUUCGUAUUCAUCACCGAGUUGAUGACUGGUGGAACACUCUUGGACUACGUCCAGAAGAAUGGCGCCCUCUCUGACAAGCUGGUGCAGAAGUGGGGGAGACAGGUGCUGGCUGGAAUAGGCCACUUGCACGGGCUGAGUCCGCCCAUCAUCCACAGGGACAUCAAGGCGGAAAACGUGUUUGUGAAUUCAGCCCAGGGCGAGGUGAAGAUAGGCGACCUGGGAAUAGCGAAGGAGAGGAAGUACAAGCGAUACACGAUCAUUGGGACACUGAACUACAUGGCCAGGGAGAUGUUUGAGGGAGACGGCUACUCCGAGGCAGUCGACGUCUACGCAUUUGGGAUGACUCUGAUUCAGAUGGCGACUGGAAGGACGCCAUACGCUGAAUGUGCCGAGACCACUGACGUAAAGAGAAGCGUGCUCCAGGGCUGUCCGCCUGAGGCACUCAAACACGUCAGAAACAGGUGUCUGAGGCAUCUCAUUGUGAGCUGCAUCACGGCUGCACCAAACCGCCUCAGUGCUGCUGCCUGUCUCAGACACCACUUCUUCAAUGGAGAGGCAGAACGAGAGUGUGGUGGAAAGUGUAUGGCCCAGAGCUACUGUAUGAUAUAUCCAUUAGGAAGAGAGAGAGACAUGCUUCUUUCUAUGGUGGCAUAUGGUGAAAGAAGCAUAACAUUCCAGGUUCAGCUCAAGGAGACUGGGACACUCGAGAACUUCAGGUUCAUUAAGUUUGAAUACGAUUUGGACACCGAUACCGUAGAGAAGAUUUGCGACGAGUUGGCGAGGGAGAAGGUGGUCCAGAAGGAGGCCAUAGGGCACUUUCAGAUUCUGCUUAGAAAUGGAAUUGAGAGGGCGCAUUCGAUGAAGAAGGCAAGGCGCAUUCACCAGGGGAUGUUUGAGGUGGGGAAGGACGAGAUGGCAGGAGAGAGGAGACUGGUCAUUGGAGAGGAGGCGAAGAAGGUGGUGGUUGAGGACGUGGAUUCGAGGAGUGUGGUGGAGCAGAAGGAAAGGGAGACGUCGACUGAGGAGGCCGUCUUUGGAGCAAACACAAUGGAAAUUAUGCAGGAGAUUGAGGAGGAGAUAAAGGGGGCAGGAGGGAAGCAGGGUGACGACGAGAAGAUUCAGGAGGCAGCACAGAUCUAUCAGCUGUAUAUGACUACGACUGGGUCAGCUGACUCCCUCGUGGAGAAGAAUAGCGGAAGCACAGUCACCCUAACAAAAACAAAGGCAACCAGCAUAGCCAGGGCGUAUGAGAUCACAAGGGAGAGGUACCAGAGAGACGUGGCAAUUGAGGAGUUCACGUUGGAUGCGUGUCGGAUUACGCAGAGAGACCUCGAGAAUGGGAAGUACUGGGGAGCAGCAUUCAUUGAGAACGACAUUCUGACGACUGGCGACCUGAAGUUGCUUACGGCCGAUGACUGGGAGAAGUUGAAUCUGACUCUCUUUGCCUGUAGAACGAUGCAAAACAUGCUUUAUGGUCAGAAUUCAUAUCCGCCUAGAAACAGGCAACUGGUCUACAAGAAGGGGACUAAGGAAUACGCCUAUUCCACCCCAAUUGAUGAGUUCGUAGGAGACGUAUGCAAGACGUACGGGAAGAAGGAGUUCAUGAAGGGGUGGCUAGGAGCAUUCACUGGGCAGGAUCUGAGGACAUUUGGGGAGUUGAAGGGGCUGACUGAGUCAGACUGGGACAGACUGGGGCUGAGUGUCCUUGGAUUUAGGAUAUUCUUCAAUGUGGUGUUUAAGAAGGGAUUUGUAGGAAAGGAAUAA